GCGUGCGACCUAGGGGCAGCUAAACCGUGCGGAAUGGGGGAGCCAACCUCACGCUUUGGAACUGAAAUCAUCCUUUUUACUAGAGACAACAAAGGACGGGGGAAGGGGGGAGAAGAGGAGGGAAAGGAUCAUUUAUACGGCGCUCGCUAUGGCAGGCAUCUUAUGUUACGCGCCUUUUUCUUUAACAGCUAUUCUCUUACUUGAUAGUAAGAUCGUUUCUUUAAGAAGGAAGGACUCGGGAGUCCCCGAGGAAACAGCGGGACUUUAUUGACGCUCGCUCUAGCUAGAGGAAAAAUGAACUCCUCCCCAGGCUCACUCUCGCCCAACCCCUUCUUCCCCCGCCCCCUUCCGCGGGAUCCAGGCGUGAUUGGCUGAUUCCCCGAAGCCGGAAGUGGCGAUUCUGUCACCGGCGGCCCCGGCUCGGUGGAAGCCCGGAGUUUCCGCAGCCCCCACGGGCGGCUGCUGGACAGGAUUCAGGGAGAAUACAGAAGAUGCCAUCUCUCCUGUUGCUACCUACAGAUAUGCGACCAUAGCCCUGAAUCUCCAUUGCCCACAGAAAAAGUGAUGCUGCUUCUGUUUACGCACAAGAUGAGCCUGAUGUGGCCGACUUGCCUGGGAGUACAACCCCACAAGGAGACCAGCCCACCGCUCUGAUGCCGAAGGGGAGGCACAAAGUGCAACCAUGGAGUGCUGUCCUGGAGCCCUCCCUGAGCCUGCCUGCCUGCCUCUGGCUGAUAGGAACUGGCUUCUUCUUGUUGGUUCCCUUGGUCACGACUCUAGAACUAACAGAGACAAUCGGACCUGAGGUCCAGAGUCCUAGGGGGCUGAGUUGGGCUGUGCUCCUGGACAGGCUGGAGGGUGAGAACAAGCAAGAGAGUGAGGAGCAACGGGCAGACGCCCUGGCCCAGGCUGCAGGCCUGCUGAAUGCGGGACGCAUUGGGGAACUUCAGGGGCACUAUCUCUUCAUCCAGCCCCCUGGCCACCCUGGAGUCCAGCAAGAGGAGGCUGCCCGAAGGCAGGCCGAAGCAGUGUUGUCUGGGCACAAAGCUGUGCGCUGGCAUUCAGAGCAGCGGUUAUUGAAGCGCGCCAAACGCAGCGUGCUCUUCAAUGACCCCAAGUACCCCCAGCAAUGGCAUCUGAAUAACCGGCGAAUCCGUGGCAGAGACAUCAACGUGACAGGUGUUUGGGAGCGUAAUGUGACAGGACGAGGAGUGACAGUGGUGGUGGUGGAUGAUGGAGUGGAGCACACCAUCCAGGACAUUGAACCUAACUAUAGCCCUGAAGGCAGCUAUGACCUCAACUCUAAUGACCCUGACCCCAUGCCACACCCAGAUGUGGAGAAUGGCAAUCAUCAUGGCACUCGCUGUGCUGGCGAGAUCGCUGCGGUGCCCAACAACAGCUUCUGUGCAGUGGGGGUGGCGUAUGGGAGCAGAAUUGCAGGUAUCCGGGUGCUGGAUGGACCUUUGACUGACAGCCUGGAGGCUGUGGCCUUCAACAAGCACUAUCAGAUCAAUGACAUCUACAGCUGCAGCUGGGGACCAGAUGAUGAUGGAAAGACAGUUGAUGGCCCCCACCAACUUGGAAAGGCUGCCUUGCAACAUGGGGUGAUUGCUGGUCGCCGAGGUUUCGGGAGUAUCUUUGUGGUAGCCAGUGGCAAUGGGGGCCAGCACAAUGACAACUGCAACUACGAUGGAUACGCCAACUCUAUCUAUACAGUUACCAUAGGUGCCGUAGAUGAGGAAGGACGUAUGCCAUUCUAUGCAGAGGAAUGUGCCUCUAUGCUGGCUGUCACUUUCAGUGGUGGGGACAAAUUGCUUCGAAGUAUUGUGACCACUGACUGGGACCUGCAAAAGGGCACAGGCUGCACUGAAGGGCACACGGGGACCUCUGCAGCAGCCCCCUUGGCGGCUGGCAUGAUUGCCUUGAUGCUGCAGGUGAGGCCAUGCCUCACCUGGCGUGAUGUCCAGCACAUCAUUGUCUUCACAGCUACCCGGUACGAAGAUCGCCGUGCAGACUGGAACACCAAUGAGGCUGGCUUCAGCCACAGUCACCAGCAUGGCUUCGGUUUGCUCAAUGCUUGGAGGCUUGUCAAUGCUGCCAAGAUCUGGACAUCAGUCCCUUACUUAGCUUCAUACAUAAGUCCCAUAUUAAAAGAGAACAAGAGAAUCCCAGUGUCCCCCCACUCCCUGGAAGUCUUAUGGAAUGUCAGCAAGAGUGACCUGGAGAUGUCAGGGCUGAGGACCCUGGAGCAUGUAGCAGUGACUGUCUCCAUCACCCACCCCUGUCGAGGUAGCUUAGAGCUGAAGCUCUUUUGUCCCAGUGGCAUGAUGUCCCUAAUUGGUGCCCCACGAACCCUGGACAAAGAUCCCAGUGGCUUCAACGAUUGGACCUUCUCCACGGUUCGGUGUUGGGGGGAGCGUGCCCAGGGCACCUAUAAACUUGUCAUCAGGGAUGUAGGGGAUGAGCCCCUCCAAGCUGGGGCCCUUCAGCAGUGGCAGCUGAUGCUCUACGGCUCAGUGUGGAGUCCGGCCGACAUCAGAGAGAGGCAAAGGCAGCUGGAGGAUGCCAUGAGUGGGAAGUAUCUGCACGACGGUUUCUCUCUGCCCUGCCCCCCUGGACUAGACAUCCCCGAGGACGAGGGCUACACCAUGAGCCCCAACACUCUCAAGACCCUGUUGCUGCUGGGCUGCUUUGCCGUGUUCUGGACCUUCUACUACCUGCUAGAGGUGUAUCUGAGCCAGAGGGAUGUGACCUUUGACCUAGCCUGCACAGGAGGCCAUUGCUGGUGGCUCCAGAGAGGCCGGAAGGCCUUGGAAGAGGGGACAGAGCUGGAAUCGGUGCCUCUGUACCACGGCAAGGACACGGGUGAGGCUGAUACCGAGACGGAAGACUACCCUCCCUCUUCUGGCCUUCAGGCCCCUGAUCUGUUGGAUCAGAGCAACUGGGACCUGGUCCAGGGCAGGGACAGAUUCCCAGAACUCGCCCAUCAGAACCUCCAACCCGACCUGCUUCACAGGGAGCAGGAACAACAGGUGUGCUGACCCAACGGCACAGCAGACUCAGGACAGAAUUUGCACAGUCCCCGAACCCCGAUUUUUGCUGGGGAGGGGCGGGAAACAGAAGCCCAGAGGAGCUGCCUUCACCCUUUCUGGAGGUUUCCAGGCUGAGCUAGGAGACCUACAGCCAAAUCACACCUCCUCUGCUUCUAAGGUCCUGGAGGGCUACAAGACCCUGUCUGUCCUCUUCCCUCACUCCACCCAGCUCAGGUAGGGCACAGGUCCCUUACUCUGAGGCCCAGGGGGCCUCCAAGAUGCACAGCCCAGAAAAGGGGUGCCCCAAGGUCAGGUGGGAAUGGAGGACACACAACAUCACAGCUUGGAAGAUCAGUUUGUAGCCAGAAAAUAAGCAGGCCCUCUGUGCUGGGGGUGUGGAAAGGGAGAGUCCUGACUGUGACAGCUUGGGCACGAAAGGGACCUGCCACCACUGAAGCAGAAUUUCAAAAGAAACGAGUGAAAGACACCUGAGAACUUGUUUUGGGGAGAGAGGUGGGGUGGAGAAGGUGCAGAAAUGCAUGCUGGGGGUAUCAAGGACUUUCCUUUAGGUGAUGUCCCUCCCCCAUACAUUUUUUUUAAAGAGCCAGAAGCAGGGGAAGACUCAAAUACCCCUCCCCACAAUUGCUAUUCAAACUGCCACUCCUCCAUCUUUCCUCCUGAAAUUUGUACUUUAGGCCUCCCCAGGGGAGGCUUAACCUUGGUCCAGGUCAUUAUGGCCCAGGGAACUGGCCCUGCCUUGAAUGAGCUGCCUUUACCCUCCUCCCCCAGGAUCCCAAAGAGCAACCACUUGCCACUUGGUCUGCGCAGUCCUCCUUGAGAAGUAGUCCUGGGCCCCAGAUGGGGCCUGAAAGGGAGGUUUCACAGGCCAUGCUGGGGAGGCAAGUAGGCAAGUGCGCAGGGACGUUGUGGGAAAACAGCCCAGGGUAUGGAGAGAGGCCUUGUCCCCUGGGAAGUGCCCAGGGAAGCAGAGGCUGGGCCCCUAGGAGAUAAUGGCAUACCUCUCAGGUUUUCUGUUCCUCCCCAACCUGGGCUGGCUCCCCCAUUCAGAGCUGGUUUGUUGGUUUGAAGUAUUUUUUUAAGGGCUUAAAUUUAUUUUUCUCUUUUCACAGCAAAAUUUUGUUGAUUUUUUUUUUUUUUUCUGCACAGCUUUUCCAAAAUAAAAACCUACCUAGCCAACCUUAGACUCUGAGCUGGUCAAUAUACUCCCUAAUUCAUUUAAAUCGCAGCUCCAGCGUCUGCACCCCGAUUCUCCUUUCAUUUUUUUAACCAAAAGCAAGCACGGGGCAACUCCUCAUUCUCCACCCAGUCCAGGACUGUUUGAACUCUCAGCUGGCAGGGCACAUAGUAGGCCUAGUCCCUUCCCUCCCAUCCCCAGCACUACCUAAGGGCUUGCCACAAAUCAAGAUUGCUAGGCUAGCCGGGUGUGAGAAAAGAUUGACAUAGUAUUUUUUCCUCUAAAUUUUAACUCCUAAAAUACCAAUGUACAAAAUGGAAGGUGGGGUGGGGUGCGGGGAGAGCAUGGACUGGAAAUUCCUUCUCUGGGCUGUUGUCUUUUUCAAAGAGGACAUGGCUAGUCCUCAACCUAGCCUCCCUCUCAGGAGAAGGGGUAGAAGAUGGUUGUGGAGAUUGGGAAGAGGAUUUUGGUUGGGCCAGGGAAGGGUGCUUUAGGAUAGAGAGAGCCGCCCUGAGGAGGCAGGGGG